CCUAAACUGUCAAACGGUUGUCAGUGUACAGCUGUCAAAUCUACAGAGCUUGAUGUUUUGUGUCCCCGAGUAAAUAAAUGUCGUAUUGUAAAUAAUUUAAUCAAAUAAUAAUGGCAGGUACUUUAGAUUUUAAAAAGGUUUGUCGUGCUUGUUUAUCGGAAACUGGUCCUAUGAAGGAUUUGUUCAUGGUUUGUACAGCUGAAAUGUUUAAAUUAUGCACAUCUGUUGAGAUUUCUGAAAGAGAUUAUUUGCCGAGACAAAUAUGCAAACCAUGUUUAGAAAAACUGAACAGGACUUAUUUCUUCAAGCAGGCGGUUGCACGAUCUGAUCACAUUUUAAAACAGCAACUGCAAGAUGAACAAGAGUCGGUAAAAGUUGAACAGCAUACAAAUGAACAUGACAUCCUGGAGAUCAAUGUGUCCGAGAUAUCAGAUGAUAUGCUGAGCCAGAACCUCACACCAAACAGUGACAUUCAACCAGACCGCUCUAUGGAGCCCGCUGAAAUCAUCAGGAGGAUAAGACGACGAAGAGAGCUAGCAAAACCCCUCAAAAAAAGAACCAGAAUGAAAUGUCCGAAGUGUGAUAAAUCAUUCCAGAAGUACGAAAAUUUUGAAGCUCACAUGCGAAGUCAUUUCGGGAAAAAGCCAGACAUAAAGUGCGAGCACUGUGACAAGACAUUCCCCACGCUCCGUAACCUCCACAGCCACAUUCGUACCCACACCGGUGUCCGGAACUAUCAAUGUUUGACAUGUGGCAAGAACUUUGCUUAUUUGAAUGUAUUGAAGAACCAUGAGAUGAUACACAUGGGCGUUAAGAAGCAUGUCUGCCAUAUAUGUGAUGCGAAGUUUGUUCAGAGGUAUAAUUUGAAGACGCAUCUAGAUACACAUACUAAGGAGAAGAACUACAUCUGUGUGCAGUGCGGCAAAAAGUUUGCACAAGCUGGCAACCUCAAGAUCCACCUAAUAAGACAUACAGGAAUAAAGAACAUAGCUUGCCAAUUAUGUGAUAUGAGAUUUUAUGUAAAGAGUGACCUGUUCAAACAUAUGCGGUCACAUUCUUCAGACAAACCUUUUUCGUGCGAAUUUUGUGAUAAAACGUUCAAGAGUAAAAGCUUCAAAGUAGUGCAUAUGAGAACACACACAGGUGAACGUCCAUACGCCUGCGACUUAUGCCCUAAACGCUUCAUGGCGCGCAAGGACAUGCGAAACCACAGAAUGAUACACACGGGCGAGAAACCCCACAAAUGUCAGCUCUGUGACCAAGCCUUCAUACAAAAAUGUGCACUAAAUAGACACAUGAAAGGUCAUAUGCAGAAAGAAGGCGAUAAGGCACAGAACAUAUUAUUAAGGGCCAGACUACAAGGGAGUGCAGAGUUUUCACAAUGGCAUACCGAUGUUUGACACAACUUUAGCCUUGGAUGAAAUGCUACAUGUACCUGGAGACUGUUAAAAAACAAGAUUUGCGUGUGAAAGAAUUUUUCCAGAUAUCAUUGCUAAGGAAAACAAAGGUCAAAUUGGAAGAUUCUGAAAUACAUACAGUAAUACAGGUGGUCUCCAGAGAAUGAUCAUCAAACACUGAACUUGCUUAUAGAGAUGUGAGAAACAUACUACAUAGCUACUAGGCCAACAAGUAAAUCUAGAAAAUAGAUUGGCUACAACGUGAACUGUCGGCCGUGAGGGUUACCAAAAUGCCAACGGCCCAUGCAGUUGUCUGGCUAACACUAGCACCAAUGAUUUGAGCAAAAGUUAAACUUAUGAAUAUGGAGGAAGGAUCUGAUAUAAUGUAUAAAUGUAUAAUUAACAUGUUAAGUGAGAA